UCGAGGGACAAGAAACCAGGCUAUGUAUAUGCGUUUGAUGUGUCUGGUAGGUAUUCCUUGAUUCAUUGUAAAAACAUUGGCCUACAAUCUGAGACCUUACAAAGACCUGGAUCACGAAGGAAAGCUCGUGUUGAAGAUUGGGUUCAGUAAGAACAUCAAGAAACGCUACGAAGAGUGGAAAGAUCAGCAUCCAUCUAUAGAGAACGUUCGCGGGUGGUGGCCCAAGACCAUAAUCGAAGCUAAAGACGAUGACAAAACCUUGAUAAAGACACUCAUCGAAAGCAAUGACCAGGGCGCCUUGGGUCUAAUGGCUGCAAAACUCGAACGAUUGGUGCAUAUCGAACUCUGGGACCUAGUGACACACCUUGCUUAUCUGCAUCCCGAAUUUCCUAACGUCCAUUUUUCGGAUUUCAAAUACCAGGACAAGGUUGUUCCUAGACCCUGCGAUGAAUGUACUGGUACAAUACACAAGGAGAUAUUCGCAUUCACACGCGUUGAGGAAGGUAAAUUCAAAGGGAGAGAAUGGGAAGAUAUCGUCAAGCCUGUGAUCAGGAAGCGGGGGCUAUUCCUCGUGGAAUAUUAUGCUGAAGGUGACCAUGACGAUACCACGAGUUUUGCUAAUGACUCUUGGGCUCGACUCCUUUUUAUAACUAUUGCCACGGAGGUUCACCUGUGGACGCUCUUCAUUUUGAUAUGUCCGAGUCGCGGAUAUCUACUGGACUUAGUUGGGAUGUUGUAUACUAGCCUGUAUUUUAGUGUCCUUCGUAGCAUGAGUUCUAGCAUUCGAUCUGGGACGAUAGCAUCAGUUAAGCCACCGAUUCCUUAUGUUCCUUAACGUGCCUUCAAAUUUCGUGGCG